AUGAAGGAUUUUUAUCGACCUCCGGAAGUUCCUAGAACGAUCAAAAGCAUUCGCUUCCAUCUGGCCACAGAGUGGGACAUUGAACGCCUUGCACAUGUCCCUAUUUUUAAAGGUCUUCUUUACAAGGAGAGUGAGGGUGGCGGAAGAUCUCUUGAUUAUGGUCUUCUUGAUUCUAAGCUUGGUGCUACGAAACGUAACGAACUGUGCGAUACUUGUGGUUUGGACCACCAGACUUGUAUUGGACAUUGGGGAUACUUCGAUCUUCCCAUGCCUGUGUUUCAUGUUGGCUAUCUUUGGCACAUAGUGAAGAUCUUGCAAUGUAUUUGCAAGAAUUGUUCGCGGGUGCUCUUGUCCGAUCAAGUUAAGAGUCGCUAUUUACCCAUUUGUUCUAAUUCUAAUCUGGAAUACAUACAGAAGAAAAUGCUGCGUAAAGUUUUGCACAAACUAGCCAGUCGAACAACAAUUUGCCCCUAUUGUAAUGCUGCCAAUGGUACUAUCAAGAAAGGAAAUGGUUUAUCAUAUGUUCUUUAUGAUACAUCAAAAAGUCUUGCUAGAAAAGUAGAUAAGCAAUUAACAAAGUAUGCGAAUGGAGCUGAAGAAAAUCCAGAAGUUCUUACUUUGGCUCGGAAGUGUGUGGUUGCAAUAAGACCGUCACGUGUCUUAGAGCUUUUUUCAAAGAUUCCAACUCAAGAUCUUCCUUUAAUUUUGAUGCCCUUUGACUCUGAGUGGUUUUCUCACCCUCGAAAUCUAAUACUUGAACGCAUUCCUGUUCCUCCAAGUGCAAUUAGACCUUCAGUCGUUUCUGAAGUGAAAAAUGGAACAAAUGAAGACGAUUUGACUCAAAUGUAUCAAUGGAUAUUAACUCAGGCAGCAACACUGGAGGAGGACCUUUCGGAGCCAGAUUUGAUAGCCUCUUUCGACAAUCUUCAUUCGGAAGUCGCCCGUCUUAUCAACUCCCAACUUUCUGGACUUCCACCUGUACACGAUCACAAAUUUGUGCGAGGUCUGCUGCAACGCUUAUCCGGCAAACACGGUCGCUUCCGUGGUAAUUUGUUGGGAAAGAGAACGAAUUUUACCGCCCGCACAGUUAUCUCUCCGGACCCCAAUCUUAGCAUCGAUGAGGUCUGCGUUCCCGACUACUGUGCAAAGCUUCUUACCUACCCGGAGCGCGUUACCCAAUUCAAUUUGGAGUUUCUUCGGACACUUGUGCUGAAUGGGCCUUAUAAGCAUCCGGGCGCCCUUUUUGUUAGAUAUAAGGCCUACAGCAGUAGAUCAGAUCAGUCAUCAAAGGAGCCUGAUGUUGUGAAAAAGUUUUUAGCCAGUCUCAAGGUUCGCGAAAGUGUGGCCAAGUCUCUUCGCGUUGGCGAUACUGUCGACCGACAUCUCAUUGACGGUGACAUCGUCCUCUUUAAUCGUCAACCCUCCCUCCAUCGUGUAUCAAUGCAGGCCUUUAAAGUUGUCGUGAUGGCUAACAGAACGUUUCGCUUCAACCCGUGUUGUUGUCCACCUUUCAACGCCGAUUUUGAUGGUGAUGAAAUGAACAUCCAUCUACCGCAAACUGAAGAAGCUCGUGCUGAAGCUAAACAUCUUAUGCUUUCCCUUCGGAAUAUUGCCAGUCCAAAAAACGGCGAGCCUCUGAUAUCUCCUAUACAGGAUCUGAUCACAGCCACUCACGUGCUCACCCUGAAGGACGUCUUUUUCACCUUCGAUCAGGCUUGUCAAUUGGCCUGCCAGCUCGUGGCAGGCUCGCACAUUGGCCGUGAAAUCCAAUUACCAACACCAGCCGUUCUCUGGCCCGUGAAACUGUGGACAGGGAAACAAAUUUUCAGUCUGAUAAUGUCACCUCAUCCCUCCAAUGAGGUUAAAAUAAACCUCCGUGUGCCGACGAAGUCGAUUUACUUGGGUAGGCAGGAGGAACUCUGUCCUAACGAUGGGUUUGUGGUAAUAGACAAUAGUGAGUUGUUGGCGGGGUGCAUGGAUAAGAAACUGCUGGGCAGUGGGAGCAAGUCGAGCAUCUUCUACUCCAUCUUGCGCGACUUUGGUGGGGAAGCCUGCGCGGAUGCAAUGUGGCGCCUCUCGCGUAUCGGCCUCUUCUACCUCUCCAAUCGCGGCUUCUCCAUCGGCAUUGGGGAGGUCACACCUGAUGCCAAACUCGUGGCUGCUAAGCAGAAACUCAUUAAUCAAGGAUUCGCGAAGUGUGAUCACUACAUUCACCAGUACGAGACUAAUACGCUCUCCUGCAAUCCUGGAUGCAGUACGGAGGAGACACUGGAGGCAAAUUUAAGCCAAGAAUUGUCGAAGAUUCGCGACGAGGCGGGAUCUGUAUGCAAGCGCACUCUGCACCCCUCCAACUCACCACUGGUGAUGGCUCAGUCGGGCUCGAAAGGCUCCUUCCUCAAUAUCUCCCAGAUGAUUGCUUGCGUAGGCCAGCAGAUCAUCGGGGGUCGACGCAUCCCCGACUGCCUCAACGGAGUGCGCAGUCUUGUUCACUUUCCGCCGGGCUCGCGCACCCCCGCCGCCAAGGGCUUCGUGAGCAACAGCUUCUACUCUGGCCUUACACCCUACGAGUUCUUCUUCCACGCCAUGAGCGGUCGUGAGGGUCUUACCGACACUGCUGUUAAAACCGCCGAUACUGGAUACAUGCAGCGACGUCUCGUCAAGUUCCUCGAGGACCUGACAGUGACUUACGAUGGAACAGUGCGUGACAGCCGUGGUGACAUUGUUCAGUUUCGAUACGGCUCAGAUGGACUGGAUCCUGGGGAAAUGGAAGUCGAAAACUUCCCCGCUGAUCUCAAACGCGAAUUGGCUAAUAUUAAGGGCAUUUCACCGUGCCGCUCAGAGCCCUCAAUGACCGCUAGCGAGGUAGAAAUUGCCAUAAAUGCUGCUCUACGUCUCCCUGCUUUCAAAGACGUCGACGAAGCUCUCCCCACCUCCAUCAGGACGUUUUUCAUGAAUGAGGUCCUCCCGAAAAUGCGAUUGGCGCGAGGCUCGAGGUUGGCGGAGGUGACGGUGGGUGUGGAAGCGGAGCCACAACGUCUCACACGUACCCAGCUGCGCCUCUUCCUGAUGCGCGUGAAGAAGAAAUUUGAAAGAGCUCUCAUCGAACCGGGUACUGCUGUAGGCGCUCUCUGCGGUCAGUCCAUCGGUGAACCUGCUACUCAGAUGACUCUCAAGACCUUCCACUUUGCCGGUGUCGCUAGCAUGAACAUUACGCAGGGUGUACCGCGAAUGCGGGAGAUAGUAAACGCAGUGGCGAACAUACGUACCCCGCUGUUGAGCGUGACAAUAACAGACCCGACUUCGGCGACCCUGGCGCGUCGUGUGAAGCUGUUGAUAGAGCCGACACGAUUGGCGGACAUAGCGCUUCGCCUACGCCAGUGCCUCUCGCCUGACGAAGUGUGCGUACGCGUGGAGUUGGAUGUCAAGCGGAUGGCGCGUCGCGAAAUUACCGCGGCACAGGUGGCCAACGCAGUGCGCAACGCUAGUUGGAGUACAAGACGACUUAAGCUCUCGCGUGUCACCUUCUCCGACACCCACCUAAGCAUCUAUCCCGCUGAUAUGAAUCGUCUGGAACUCCUCGUUCAGAUGCUCGAGGUUGUUGUUGUCAAAGGCAUCCCUGGCGUGGCUCGGGUAGUGAUACAGGAGGACAAAGACGGUAGACAUAAUAUUUUCGUGGAGGGUGCGAAACUAAGAGAGGUAAUGUGUGUGCCGGGGGUGGUGCCAGAGGCGACGCGGAGCAACAACAUUCUUGAAGUGGAGCGCUGUCUGGGCGUGGAGGCAGCACGUCGCGUGGUCAUGGACGAACUCCUUGCAGUUAUGGAGGGACACGGCGUUGAGGUCAACAUCCGCCAUGUCAUGCUCCUCGCCGAUCUCAUGGCCAAUAGGGGCGAAAUCUACGGUUAUCAGCGUAGUGGUAUGGCAAAAGCGAAAAACAGUGUGCUCUGUCUUGCCUCAUUUGAACGGACCGGCGACCACCUCUUCGAGGCCGCGUAUCAUGCUCAAGAUGAUACAUUAUCAGGGGUGACUGAGAGCAUUAUCGUCGGCAAUCAUACGCGUAUUGGAACAGGAACUCUGGCGAUGAAGCGAGAGGUGGCCGAUAGGGAAUUUCUGGAUUUUGGCGAACUUACGCCUGUGUUUUGGGCUCUUGUAUUUGCUGGUGGUCUGCUCAUUGUUACAGUCAUUGGAAUUGCCUGUGUAUCAUGCUACCUUUGUACAAAGCGGAAAGUGCGCCACCACAGGCCAUCCCCAAUUGUCCACCAUCCUGAUGAUGCUGAAGUUUCGUCAUUCCUCCUUCGACCGCCGCCCACGAAUCCGGACUAUGCGCCAACUCCACGGAUUCCACGCUCCUCCGCCUCUUCGCACUCCCAACACCAGCACCCUCCUACGGAGCUAACUUUCCCACCCUCCGACUCCGCUCCGCCCUCCUAUGCAGAAGUGGUUCAAGUGUCGUCACCCUACAAUCAAACCAAUGUGACACAAGACGUGGCUCUUUCCACUUCUCAUGAAGCCUGCUUGGGGGUGGAGGUGAGGCCAAGUUCGGCGGAGCCAUCAGCACCCUAUCCCACCCUACCCCAUCUCGUCGAGUGA